ACUUGACUACAAAAAUAAGUUCAUAUGGUAAAAAUUGUCCUUUAAUUUUCACCACCAAUAAAACAAAUUUCCCAUUAAAAACAUGGCUGAUCGUAGUAAUUCUCAAUCUUUGGUGGCGAUGGUGGGUCGUCUUUUUGAGACCGGGCUUUACUCCGACUUAGCAAUUUUAGUCGGGGAGGAACAAUUUCGAUUUAACGUGCAUAAAGUUUUUGUCGCGGGGAGGUCCUCCGUUUUCGAUACGAUGUUGGAAAAACGAUGGAUUGAACAAAGUCAAGGGCAGAGUUAUACGGAAGAAGAAGGCAAAAUAAUUGUACACCUUCCGCAACACGGGGUUGAUGCGUUUCGCAUAUUUUUGCAGUAUCUUUACACGGACGAGUUAAAAAUGGAUGAAAACAUUGACUUGAGCUUGGAGGUUUUGGAAUUGUCUAAUUUUUACGAUGUUCCAAAACUACUGGGGGAGAUUAUUGAGCAGAUUAAGGGUCGAAUUGGGGUGAAGAACUGCUACGAGAUUUACAGAAGGACGAAGCACAUAGAUAGCGCCCUGAGUGAAGAGAGUUUUGAGUUUUUGCUGAGAAACAUCAAAUCCUUUGGGGAAACUGAUGCCUUCCUGUUAUGUGAUUAUGAAACCGUGAAAACCGUAUUGAAGCAAGAUGUCUUAGAUAUCGGUGAAGUGGAUUUGUUCAAAGCUGUGAAAAAAUGGGGAGAUCAUGUUUCAGAUACGGAUGAAGAUGAAGAUCGCCCACGCUCAACCGUUAUGCCAGAAUUAUUGGAAAUGAUCCGUUUUCCGAUCAUUGGAAUGCAGGAUUUCGCCGCUGAAGUCGUGCCAACAGGAGUGCUUGCAAAGGACGAAGUUAUUGAGAUGUUUCUGUACUUUGCGAAACCCGAAAAGACGAAAACAAAGUAUGAAAGUUCUCCAAGGGUGAAAAAGUUGGUCAUGGCGGGUCCACAAGCUCUCAGGUUUCCAGUUGAUACAGGUAGCAGCCGUGUUACCUUUCACAUCAUGGAAAAAAAGAUGGUCGAAGAAUUUCCUGCGGAGCUACAAUUACAAGUAUCCAAUAGAGUAAGCUUGAGCGGAAUUGUAGUUAACAGUUCGGACAUCUUUCAACUUAUCCAAAAUCCACAGACGGUUACAUUUCAACUGUUUAUUCAACAACCAUUAUGCUUCUAUACAGCACGUUUGAGGCAAGAUUCCACUCAAAGAUUAACACCACCGUUAAUAAGCUCAAAUCUCGAAAUUGCUGCACAGUUUGAACUAGAACCAGGUACAGUGUAUAAUUUCACAGUGAAAUGCUCGACAGACACGGUGUAUGGGGGACCCUUGAAUUCAUCACAGGAAAAAAUAUACCAACGGAUUAAGCCCUUUGGCCGACAACCAUGCAACGGUAGGAUUCAUGAUGGCGAUGUCACAGCCACCUUCCACACGCCAAAUUUUGGCAAUGCAUGCCCCAAUGUGAACUCGUGGAUUCGUGAUUUACUUUUCAGUCCAGUGUAAAGGUCCCUCUUCGGAGCCAUGCGUCGCGUUAUCGGAUUAUAACUAAUUUGAAUUAAUACACUAUUCUGAACCAAUUGUAAAUAUUUCAUGUAUGUACAUACAUGGGAAUUAUUUGUGCGUGUAACCUCAUUUCCAUAUUUUGACCCAUUCGUAAAAUACAUAGAGUUUAUUCAACACGGAAAGCCCGUAUCGGAAAGUGGGCAUAGUGGGAUUUAUGCAAAUUAGGUGACAAGCGUACAUAAAUGCGAUCACCGUAUGCACAGUUAUAAAUCUGGUAGAGUAACGAACUUCUUACUGGUAUUGACUUGGCAUUAAUUACCUUCCUACCGGAUUCUUCGUAGUUUGUGUCUGAAUGGUAUGCAAAUUUUAUAUUUACAUACCACAACAGUACUAAACGGCAAUUACCGUUAUUAUUAAAUUGCCGUGACCUGCAGAGUCAUAUGUAUAAAAUGUAUAUCUACUCCUGCCAGUAAUGAACUACUUAAUACCACUUUUCUAAAAGCAUGUUUGCAUAGAAGCGUGGGAUAUGGCAAGGUAACAAUUUGAAAUUUUUAUGUAUUUUCGAUUAGUUGCACUAUUAAAUCUGCGAAUAAAACUA